AUGAAGCUCACCACCCUCGCUUUGGCCCUGGCCGCCUCGGCCGCCGUCGAGGCUCACACCAUCUUCACCACCCUCUGGGUUGACGGCAAGUCUGCUGGCGAUGCUGUCGGCGUCCGCAUGCGCACUAUCCCCAAGACCGCCAGUUUCCCCAUCAGCCUCGGCUCAGACGCCAUGGCCUGCGGCUACGAUGGCGAGGAGGGCAACCCGCGUGUCGUUUCCGUCAAUGACGGUGCUACCUUGUCCUUCGAGUGGCGCGCCUACGGCAGCAACCCCGAGAAGGGUGCCAUUGACCCGGGCCACAAGGGUCCCUGUGCCGUUUAUCUGAAGAAGGUCGACUCGGCCAUCAACGACACUGGCGUUGGCGACGGUUGGUUCAAGAUUUGGGACGAGGGCUAUGACGAGGAGCAGGACCUCUGGUGCAACCAGAAGCUUGGUGGAGAGGAUGCCAACGGCGUCUACAACCACAAGCUCUCUGUCAACCUCCCUUCCGGCCUCGAGGGCGGCUACUACCUCGCCAGGCCCGAGAUCCUUGCCCUGCACUCGGCGGUUGCCAACCCUCCUGACCCGCAGUUCUACACUGGCUGUGCCCAGAUCUUCCUUAAGUCUUCUGGCAACAAGCGUCCUCAGAGUACCGUCAGCAUCCCUGGCUACAUCAAGUCUGAUGAUCCCGGCGUCACCUUCAACAUCUACAAGGAACCUCUGGAGCUGCCCUACCUCACUCCCGGCCCGGCCGUGGCUGCCCUCGUUAGUGGUGGCGCUAGUGGUGAUGCUAGCAAGCAGAUGACUCAACAAGAGGGUCUGGAGCCGAAGAACUGCAUCAUGGAGAUGGGUGGCUGGUGUGGCUACGAAGUCCCCUCUUACUCGGACGAGACUGGCUGCUGGGCCUCUGGAGAGGAUUGCUGGACGCAGCACAAGGCUUGCUGGGACUACUCGGACAAGCUUGCCACUGGUGGCGACCCUUGGUGCAAGAUCUGGGGCGACAAGUGCCAGAAGAUCGACGACAACUGCGAUGCGAAGAACUUCGAGGGACCGCCCAACAAGGACAAGAACUUGACUCCCUCGCUGCCCACCAUGGCCAGCAUCCCCAUGGCCGAGUCGACCACCAACUUCGCGUCGACUAAGAUCGAGGCUACUGCAGCUGCCAUGCAAGCCGAGACCGACGCCUCAGCGGACUCUAAGUCUAGCACGACUCUGCUCACCCUGGCCAGCUCUAGCGGUGCUGAGACGGAUUCGGAGCCCUCUCCGACCACCUACACGACGGCGGCGCCCGUUGUGAAGACGACUUACGAGACCAUGUACGUCACGGAUAUUGUGUACGUCACUGUUGAUGCGCAGAAGAGCAAGCGCUCGAGGCACUACGGCAGGCACCGUAUCCAGCAGUCGUAA